CGAAUCAAAUUCUUCUCAUUCACCAUGAAGUUCGUUUUCCUAUCCAUACUAAUAGCGGUAACGUCCACGUACUACUACUACGUAUACACCACGCUCACUGGCAACGGUGGUACACGUGAGGCUCUUCGGCACUUGAGUGGGUUGAGCGGCCAGGACUUGACGAAUAUAGAUAUCUUGAAGAAGAGAGCACCCAAGCUAUCUUCAAACUCAUACCUUAGUUUCCCAAUGGGAGGCCGAAACAGAGACCAAAUCGGCGGAGAAAAUGCCACGAUUGUUAUGCUUGUGCGGAACGAAGAGCUCGAAGGAGCAUUGAGUUCAAUGAGGUCGUUGGAAGACAGAUUCAACAAAGACUACCAGUACCCAUGGGUGUUCUUAAAUGACGUACCAUUCACCCAGGAGUUCAAGGAACAAACAACCUUGAUGGCCAGCGGGAAGACAUACUACGAGCUCAUUCCUGAAGAAGACUGGGAGCCCCCUUCGUUCAUAGAUACCAUUAAGCUUGAAGAGAAUCUCAAGAAGUCCAACAAAGAUGUAAUCUAUGGUGGCAGCAGAUCAUACCGAAAUAUGUGUCACUUCAACUCGGGCUUCUUCUUCAAACAAAAGAGAUUGCUCAACUAUGACUGGUACUUUCGAGUAGAGCCUGACGUCGAGUACUUGUGUGACUUUCAACAUGAUCCCUUCAAAUUUCUUCGUGAAAAUAAUAAGGUCUACGGUUUUGUCACCACCAUUCACGAAUAUGAGAACACCAUUCCGACUCUCUGGCCCACGGUGGAAAAGUUCAUAGAGGCUUACCCUGAUCUAAUCCAUCCCAAUAACUCACUUGAGUUCAUCACUAGCCGUGAGGUCGAUCUUAACUAUCAUGUACCCAUGGUUAAUUCCUCAUCCGAGUACAACUUGUGUCAUUUCUGGUCGAACUUUGAGAUUGGCAGUCUCAACUUCUGGAGGUCUGAGGCUUACUCCAAGUUCUUUGAGUUUUUGGACCAAUCUGGAGGGUUCUACUAUGAAAGAUGGGGAGAUGCCCCUGUGCAUUCGAUCGGGUUAAACCUUUUGGCCGACAAAAACCUGAUUCACCAUUUCGAUGAUAUCGGCUACUACCAUCCUCCUUAUAUGGCGUGUCCUACCCUGAAGGACUUGAUCAGUCAAAAGAGGUGUAUUUGUAAAACUUCGGGACAUGAUGGAGAAGUGUUAACCACCCCGUACGACGUCCAGGUAUUCAGUUGUUUGAGUCGGUGGUGGCGGUAUGGAUCCGGGAAGAAAUUUCUCAACGAGGUCGACUACAUCCUUUGAGUGAAGGCCCUCCAACACAUAUAAACAAGCAUAUAUAUAUUAACGAUAAUGACUGCAAAAA